AUGUCUGGUCUUGACGAGUUCCCACUCUUCUUCGGCACAUCAACCCCGUUCCCUCCAGUCAACAUGAUCACCCUCGGCACCCUCACCCUCGCCCUCCUCACGCCGUCCAGGCGGUCGAGGCCCAGUCCUCGGCUGCGGCAAGGCGCCCCCGUCCCGGGCACCAAGUCCAUGACCGUCAACGGCAGGCAGAGACAGUACAUCCUCCAGCUGCCCAACAACUACGACCGCAACAAGCAGCACCGCGUCGUCAUUGGCUACCAUUGGCGUGAUGGCUCCAUGAACGAUGUUGCCAGCGGUGGCUUCUACGGCCUCCGUCAGCUGGCCGCACCAUCUUUGUCGCCCCAACGGCUUGAACGCCGGCUGGCCAACAACGGUGGCGAGGACAUCACCUUCACCGACCAGAUCGUUGCCAUGCUCAAGAACGACCUCUGCGUGAACGAGGGCGAGUUCUUCGCCACCGGCUGGAGCUACGGCGGUGCCAUGAGCCACAGCGCAGCCUGCUCUCGUCCCGACGUCUUCAAGGCCGUAGCCGUCAUCGCCGGCGCCCAGCUAUCCGCGCAGCGGCGGCAACUCCCCUGUCGCCUACCCGGCAUGCACGGCGCCGCCGACAACGUCCUUCCAUCUCAAUGGGCCGUCAGCUCCGCGACAAGUGGCUUCCAGACCAACGGCUGCACCUCCAAGAACGCCCCUGCCUUCCGUCGCCAGCAGAACCACAUCAAAGAAAUGGUGUCCGCGACGGCAACCUUCAGUAUCGCCAGAUCGAAUCGCCGAGGUGGCAUUCCUGCUCUGGCACCACGAGAUAUGUCGGGCAGUCAAACACAAAGCUCAAGACAAAGUUCCAACCCCGUUAAGCGACCGCUUCACCCACCAUGA